AUGGCUUCUUCUUUGUCUUCGUCUUCUUCUUCUUUGUCUUCUUCUUCUUCACCUUCAACAAGUGAGGAUACACCUGCUCUGAUGUCCCAGCAUCUAAACUGCUGCAUCUGUUUGGACGUACUGAAGAACCCUGUCACCACCAUCUGUGGUCACACCUUCUGCAUGACAUGCCUGGACCAUCAUAAACAAUACAAUGACAUGGCCUGCCCACUCUGUAAGCAAGAUCUGCAGGGUAGACCUAAGGUCAACGUGGUUCUCAAGGCAAUUUUGCAUAAACUGGAGGAAGCCAAGCAUCCAAGGACGGAUGAGUUCCCGGGAGCUCCAGGAGAGGUGGCGUGUGACAUCUGCGUUGGAAAACGGAGGCUGAAGGCUGUGAAGUCCUGUCUGGUGUGUCUGGUGUCAUACUGCAGCUUGCAUGUGGAACAGCACCGAUCCACACCACGGCUGAAAGGCCAUCACCUGGUGGCCCCAGUGGAGGACCUGGACCAGAGGGCGUGUCUGACCCACGGUCGACCCCUGGAGCUGUACAGCUGUGAGGAGGGAAAAUGCAUCUGUGCUCUGUGUGUGCAGAAGGGCAGGCAGGUUGUUCCUGUAGAAAUGGAGAGUAACAGAAGACAGGCUGAUUUGCUAAGCAUUAAAUGCAAUCUGGAAAAGAUGAUUAAGGAGAAAGAGGACAAAGUCAAAGAAAUUGAGUUCAGUGUGGACCAGUGUCAGGAAAAGAUAGACCGGGAGAGAGGAGAGAUUGAGAAUGUGUUUGAGGGUCUGAUGGCAGCAGUGGAGGAGGCACAGAAGGAGGCACUGCAGCCUCUUGAGGAUAGGAGGAGGCGUUUGAAAAUGGAGGCUGAGGAGCUAACCAAUGAGCUGAAGAGAGAGAUCAGUGAAUUCAGGAAGGUCAUCACUGAGUUCGAUCGAAUCACUGAUGCUGAAGACCACGUUCACUUCCUGCAGAGUUACCCAUCAAUGCCAGACACCAAGAAGGACACAGACUGGAUAAAUAUCACUGUCAAUACUGACCUGUCUCUUGGUUCUCUUCAAAAACACUUGUUGGCAAUGAAAUCUAAGCUGGAUGCCGAACUGGAGAAACUCUCAAGUCUUGAAAUUAAGAGAAUGCACAGGUUUUCAGCUGACAUUAUUCUCGACCCAGACACGGCUAAUGCUCAGCUAGUUCUGUCAGAUGAUGGAAAGGAAGUGAGAGAUGGAGGAAUCAAACAAGAUUUCCCAGACAACGAUGAAAGAUACGACUUGUUCGGCUGCGUCCUGGGUCAGAACCAGCUGACCUCUGGCAGGGCUUACUGGGAGGUUGAUGUCUGGGAAAAGACAGGAUGGGAUUUGGGUGUGGCAGCUGAGGAUGCCAACAGGAAGGGCAAGAUCUCCCUAAAACCCAGUCAGGGUUACUGGGCCAUUGUGCAUUGUAAUGAGAAUCUUUACUGUGCCCUUGAGGAUCCCCCUGUCCGUCUCCCCAUCCCAGAGAAAGUCCAGAAAGUGGGGGUGUUUGUGGACUAUGAGGAGGGUCUGGUGUCCUUCUAUAAUGUGGAGGCCAGAUCGCAUAUUUAUACCUUCACUGACUGCAACUUCAAGGAGACUCUCCGCCCAUAUUUCAGCCCCCAUUUUUGUCAAAAUGGGAGAAACUCAAGUCCAUUGGUCAUCUGUCAUGUCCUUCAAAAAGACUGA